UAAGAGUGCAGUUCCUUUGUUUCUCUUAUGUGUGUGCAUGCGUGUGUGUUUACAUGUAUAUUUGUGUGGACUCUCAUAGGAGCUUCUGAACAGGAGUUCUCUAGAGUCACAGAAGCUGGGAUUAAUGGAAGAAGUGUCCUGUCUAAAACUGAAGCUGGGGAGCAUGGAGGAGAAACACAUCAACAGUGCUGAGAGACAACAUAAAGCUGAGAGUGUAGUGAAUCUGAUUAGCGAGCUACAGGAGCAGAUGUGUAGGAUUCGGCAGGAGAUCUCUAGUAAGAUCCAAGAGAAGCCAGCGGAGAUGGCCCCAGAGGAAGGUUGUGGCAGUGAGCCAGCGCUUGCCUCUGUGACUGAGCCAAAGCCAGCGAACCUGCAUCAGGAGGUCAAGAUGCUUAAGCAUCGAGUUAAUGAGCUGGAACAGGAGAAGAUGCAGUACGAACAGAAGCUCAAGGUGACACAGGCAGAGAUCAUGAGUUUACAACAGCUGUUGAGCUGUAAGAACUCUGAGAUAGAGAGUAUACAGGCUCAGCUGCUCUCCAGAGCUCCACUGUCUGUAGACAGCGCAAAAAGAGAUCAGGAGCUACAAAGGUUAAAUACAGGAAUGGAUACACUUAUUGCCGCAAAUCAUGAAAAGGAUCGUCGAAUAGAAGAGCUCACUCUCCUCCUCAGCCAGUUCAGACAGAUGAAUGACAUAUUGACUUUAGUUCAAGGCCCUGAAGACAAAUCAGUACAGAUCAGCAGCGAAGAUGGAAAGCAGAAAGGGACUGUAAAGAUUUUAACACACAAAUCUCACUCUGAGUUGACCUUUAGUAGCUCAACUCCUCUACUGCUGCCUUCAGUUUCUUCUCAGAAAGAUGCAAACUCCAGGUCCAUCAGUAUGGAAGACUUUAAAGGCAGUUCAGCACAAAAGACUGUUGGUGGGAAACUGGUAGAGCCUGUUCUUUCAGACGAGACUCGACCAGCUGAUAACAGACAUCUGACACUCCCAACUGUGUUGAGUCACCCAGAGAAGAGAGAGCGUGAGAUGAAUGAGACAUCAGACCAGAGGAGACCAGAAAACAAGGAGGAAGACAGCAACCUUAGAUUUACAGAGAAAAUGAAGGACAUAACCGAUUCUGAUCUUUUUUCAGUGCCUUCAGGAGUCACCUCCGGCCAUCAGUCUCCUAUGUUCCAAGAAAACUUCAAAAAUAGCAGCAUACGCAGACUUUGGGGAAAGAUGAAGAGGCCAGGUGUGCUGUCAGAUGACAUUGAGCCCAUUCAGUUCAAGAGAGGAGGCUUCAGGGCCACAGCUGGGCCUCGGCUAACACGGGCCCCUGAUUCUGGACGCUCAUCCCGGGCACACACAUCUUUCUCUAAGUGGACAACGGAGCAGGUGUGUGGUUGGCUGGAGGACAGUGGUUUGGGGCAGUAUGUUAGUUUGGCGCGUCAGUGGGUGGACAGCGGACAAACCCUUCUCUCUGCCACUCCACAGGAACUUGAGAAGGAGAUUUGUAUUAAACAUCCUCUGCACAGAAAAAAGCUGCAACUGGCUCUCAGAGCUUUUAGUAACAAGACAAUGGAGAAAUCUUCAGAACUGGAUCACAUCUGGGUUACACGUUGGCUUGAUGACAUUGGUUUACCACAGUACAAAGAUCAGUUCUAUGAAAGCAAGGUUGAUGGCCGCAUGCUACAGUAUCUAACAGUGAAUGAUCUCUUGUUCCUGAAAGUCACCAGUCAACUCCAUCAUCUGAGCAUUAAAUGUGCCAUCCAUGUCCUCCACGUUAACAAGUUUAACCCAGACAGUUUGAGACGCAGGCCAGGGAAAGAGAAUAAGACAUCUCCAUCUGAGGUGGUGCAAUGGUCCAACCAUCGUGUGAUGGAGUGGUUGAGGUCAGUGGAUUUGGCUGAAUAUGCUCCAAACCUGCGAGGCAGCGGUGUUCAUGGAGGUCUAAUUAUCCUGGAGCCUCGCUUUCAUUCUGAGACCUUGGCCAUGCUGCUCAACAUCCCUCCACAGAAGACCCUCCUAAGACGUCACCUCGCCACUAACUUUAACACACUGGUGGGGCCUCAGGUCCAGCAGGAGAAACAGGAGUUUAUCAACGCCAGUGGGCAUGCACCCCUUACCACCACUGCCAAAGUCAGGCCAAAGAAGCUUGGUUUUACUCAUUUCCGACAACUAAGAAAGCUCAGGAUGGAUGAAUCAGCAGAUUAUAUAUGCACCAUGGAUACAGGGAACCCACCAGCCCUGAGUGAGACACCAAAGCGGCCAUAUGGAAGCUUCAGGGGGAUCAGCCCCAUCCUGGCCAGAGACUCAGACAGACUGGAGCAAGUUGGGUCUAAGAACUGAUUCACCGCCUCUUCAAUUCAGCCAUUCUUAGCCAAACAAUGACAUGCUUACUGCCAGCACUACAGUAACUCCACCCUGAUGCUUGAAGAACUUCAGCAUUAACACCAUCAAUCAGGAGAAGCCCAGAACUGAUUCUUCAGUGUAUCAUCUGGAUAUGCUGGAAAUGACUGAACAUGGGCUCUGAAAAACAUGGGGAUUUUAUUAUUAUUGUCUGUCUUUAGGUAGUUCCAAUGCUGAAAUACCAUGCUGACAAAUUCUUGAUUUGAGUUUCUUGAUUUUAUUACUUUUAAUAAAUAUUUGAAU